CCGCAGUUCCCGAUGGCUAAUGCGGAGAAGUCUUCUGGGGGUUGACUAGGAGUAACUCUACCCUCCUCCGGAGAUAAAUAAUUACAAGGCCUGACACUUUGAACAUCACACAGCGCGUAGACCUUAGCUUGCUCCCCUCGGCGUCAGCAUGUUUUUGCCAAUGCUAUGUGUGACGGUUGGACUCUGGGCCGCGUCCUGGGCGAGUCUUGUUGCCGGCUCGCCCUGCACGCCCUGUCGGGCAUCGAAAUACAUGACCGUCGACACGUCCAACGGUCCUAUCACUGGGCACAUGGCACCGAAUAGCGAGUGUGUUGUUGAAUACCUGGGAAUUCCGUACGCAAAGCCUCCGGUCGGCGACUUGCGUUUCGCCCCGCCCGAGACGCUCACCGACACAAAUUCCUUCGACGCCGCCAAUUUCGGAUAUGACUGCCCCCUCACGGCGUCGAAGCCGGUGGAUUAUCCCGACAUGACGCCCCAGGCACAGCGGAUUAUAUCCUAUUUCGCAUCCGCCGCCGGCACUCCGCAGAGCGAGGACUGUCUAACCCUGAACAUCUGGUCUAGGGCGACCAGGAGGUCAGACAAAUCCAACAAGCCUGUGUUGGUCUUCUUCUAUGGCGGACGUUUCACCAUCGGCAACACAAACAGUCCAUUCUACAACGGGGAACAUUUCGCCCAGGCCGAAGACAUCGUUGUCAUCAGCGUCAACUAUCGUAUCAACAUCUUCGGUUUCCCCGGUGCCCCCGGCGAGACACAGAAUCUCGGGUUGCGCGACCAGCGUGCUGCAAUUGAGUGGAUCCGAGACAACGUUGCCAACUUCGGCGGCAAUCCCGACAAGAUCACCAUUUCUGGCCAAUCUUCAGGCGGCGUGGCUGUCGACUACUGGUCAUAUGCAUACACAAAAGAUCCCAUCGUGAACGGGCUUAUCGCCCCGUCCGGUAAUGCUUUUAGCUUCCCUGUCAACAGCCCGGAGAUCCCAGAGAAGAACUGGAACACGGUUGCGGAGUCUGUUGGCUGCGCCGAUGCUGAGGAUGUCAUGGACUGCAUGCGAAAGGCAGACUGGGAGGACAUCCGCGCGGCUGCAGCUGCCGUCAAGCCUAUCGCCAGCACUAGCGUUCUCCGGUCUAUUCCGCCAUUCUAUCCCACCCCCGACGGCGAGAUUGUCUUCUCCGAUUAUCUGAGCCUCACUAAAGCCGGGAGCUUCGCGAAACUGCCCAUCCUCUUCGGAAACAACAACAAUGAGGCAGGCUACUACCGCAUCCCUGCCUAUGGCAACGGCGUUGUGCCGACCGACGAGCAGGUCGCGACAUUCCACCUCGAGUCCUUCACAUGCCCCGUCUCAUUCCAGGCCGGUGCCCGCCGUGCCCAUGACAUCGCGGCUUGGGCGUACCGCUACCUCGGAGACUGGGAUAAUACUCGCUUGUAUCCCACCAGCGGCGCGUACCAUGGGGUUGACUUGCAUAUGAUUUUUGGUGGUUCUGCAGAUGUCAGCGGGUUGCCUACGUCGGAGGACCAGCAAAAGCUUACAAAGCUGAUGCAGCAUGCAUGGUUCUCAUUCAGCAACGAUCCAUGGUCUGGAUUGCAUGGGCUUGGAUGGCCAGAGUUUAACCAAGAGAAAAAGACGUUGAUCCUUCUUGGGAAGGACAACAAACCGUCGGCGGAGUUUGUGAAGCCAUCGGAAUAUGAUUCGCCGUGCUCAACUAUCACGCUUGGUGCGCUUGGGACGCCAACGCCUACAACUUGA